AACAUUACGAAGAAGAAAAAUAGUUCCGCAUAGUCACAGGUUUUUUCCUGUCAGGCAGGAGACUCACUGCACUGUGGUUCUCCGGUUUGGUCACAAUAUGGCAAGGCUAAAAGAGAAAAGGCGAGAGAAAAUCAGCGUCGCCUCCGAGAUUGAUCGUCUGGAGGAGCAGCGGGUGCGUUGCCAGGACAACUUAGAGAGGGCGGAGUUCAGGAGCAGGAAGGAGAAGCUCUCUGAAAAGCAGAGACAAGAUCUGGAGGAUGAAAUGACCAUCAUGAAUGAAAGGGUGCAGAAGCUAGACAAGGAGCUGGAGAUGUUACGAGGUGAAAACCGGAGGAACAUGUUGCUGUCAGUCGCUCUGCUGGCUAUCAGUGCUUUCUUCUACUACGGGUUUUUCUACAACACAGACAAGUCAUAAAACCACACUAAAAAUGGGACCCAUGAUUCUGCAAAGAGCAUCAAACUCAAAGCCAUCUUGGUACAGGGACACGGUUGUGAACACAUGAAAAGGCCCAGCAGACAAAGAAAAUGAAUUCUGGUUAUGCCUUUAUAUAUUUGACCUCUGUACACUUGUAACACUAUUCUUCAUCUGAAUGUUUACCUUAUGCUGCCUUCCAUUUGCCUCAGAUGUCCGAGCUGGGAGUGACAUCAACCCUGAGUUAGUAAGGUAACAAAAGUAAGGAAAUGUGGGAUUUGUUUUGCCUUUUAGCACUUAAAAAACAUUGCUCUGCAUGUGACUUUUUUAGCAAGUCGCAGAAACAUAAUAGUAAUAGUACAAAUUACAAGUGUUGCAGUUUUGGUUGCGGAUGCUUCGACUUUCUAAGUCUGACAGGAAACAUCAAAUGAAAGCAGCAUCGUGCUCCUAACAAACCACCAUGUACUUGCUGUAUUUUGCGCAACAUGUCAAAUAGAUACUUUAUCAAGCAGUGCCGGACAAGUCUGCUUUUCAGUCAUUUCAGUAAGUGUUUGUAUGCAUGGUACACAGUAUUUGUGCAGUUAAAUGCAUGAAAAUAUUUGAUAUUUGUGCCCUUUGUAUUGUCAUUAAGUCAAAGGCCGAGCCUGGAGAUUUUUUUCUUUCCUUUUAUCGAUACUCAUGCUGGUCGUACACCUACCUCCUAAUAACUGCGCUUCCAGAAAUGGCCAACAUGCUCACAAAUGUCCUUUGAAAUAUGACUGUACACAGUUAUGCUCUGAGAUUUGGAUUUUUUAAAUAAUUGAUCUGUUUAAAUGCUUUUUUUUUUUUUUUGCCAUUUGUGCGUAUGUCUUUUAAAUCCAUAUAAUAAAUGCUUUGUGCCAAAUUCAA